AUGGAUCCAAUUGCUGCUGGUGCUGCUGCCAAUAUCUCUUCUGAAACUGCAAUGGGUAUCUUUCAUGAAGCAAAACGUCAUAUCAGAUAUUUAGUUUUCUACCAGAGAUACGUCAAGAAUUUCGAGGACAAACUUCAGAAGUUGAUUGAGAAAAGAUUAAGCGUGCAGCAAGAUAUUGUUGUUGCAGAAAGGAACGUGCAGAAGAUUAAAGCGGAUGUUCAGGGUUGGGGCGAUAGAGUGGACAAGGUUAUCCGUGAAGAGAAGGAUAAAGUGAAGAAUCUUCAAGACAAAGCAAACAACAAGAGCUUCUUUGGAUUCUGUCCUAACAUCAAGUCUCGACACAAACUUAGCAGGAAAGCGGAAGAAGAUGCCGCAACUUUUGAUGAGCUUAUCAAAGAAUGUCAAUUUAACAGCGUGGGCUACCUUGAUCUUCCACAACUCAUAGUGGAUACAGAUUUUGAGGCCUUUAAAUCAAGGGAAAGGGUUUUCAAUGAUAUCGUGGAAUCCCUGAAAGAUUUUAUUGUGAGCAUGAUUGGAGUGUACGGGAUGCCUGGUGUGGGGAAAACAUCACUAGUUAAAGAAGUUGAAAGACAACUCCAGGAGGCUAAGUUGUUCAAUUCAGUGGUUAUGGUCACUGUAUCUCAGACACCUGACAUUCAGAAAAUCCGAGACGAAAUAGCAGAAUCGUCGGGCUUGAGGAUUGAAGAAAAGAGUACAGUUGUAAGAGCCACUAGAUUACGUGAAAGGCUAAUUCAAGGGAAGGAUCAGACCGAGAGGGUUCUUAUUAUUCUGGAUGAUAUUUGGAAGAAACUGGAUCUAGCGGAAGUCGGAAUUCCAUUUGGAAGUCAACACAAAGGAUGCAAGAUACUCUUAACGUCAAGAAAUAAAACUGUUCUAAGCAAUGGGAUGGGCGCUACCAAGACUUUCCAGCUUGGUGAUUUAGAGGACGAAGAAGCAUGGGAGUUUUUCAAGAAGAUGGCAGGGGAUAGUUUUGAAAGCGAUAGAGAGCUGAAAUCUACAGCAAUUGAGGUAGCCAAAAGAUGUGCAGGAUUGUCGAUUGCCAUUGCAACAGUUGCUAGGGCGUUGCAAAAACAAAGUUUAUUUGUUUGGAAUGAGGCUUUACGACAGCUACAAAGGCCUUACUCAGAAAACCCUAGCGAGAUAUCUGCUGAGGUAUAUUCUGCUAUUGAAUUGAGUAUCAAUCAUUUACGGGGUGAAGACCUCAAGCAGGUUUUCCUUCUUUGCAGUCUAUUGCGUCGUGAUACUACCAUUGAAGAUUUGUUGAGAUAUAAAAUUGGUUUGGGUUUAAUUAAUGGAGUCGACACUGUGAAAGAAGCACGGGAUUCGUUGUUAACAAUGAUGAGUACCCUGAAGGCAUCUUGUUUGUUGCUUGAUAGUAACACUAAUGAUGAAUUCUUUGAUGUGCACGAUCUUACUUAUAUUGUGGCCAAAUCAAUGGCUUCCAAGGACAAUCAGGUGUUUGCCUUAAGAGAGGAGGAUGUUCUAAUAGAUUGGCCAGAUGCGGAGUCAAUGAAGAAGUGCAGCAAGAUUUCAAUGAUCUUUCCCUAA